GGAGUCGCAGGUUCGAUUCCCAGCAGCGACGUCUUUUUCUUUUUUCUUUUUUUCCCUCAAACUCCGCCGUCACAAAUCGAAACGCCGUCGUUCCCUUUUCCUAAUUCUGGAAACACUGGAUUUCUCUCCAGAGAGAGAGAGAGAGAGAGAGAGAGGUGGGGAAGAUGGGGAUGACAGAAGCAACUGCGGUCAUGGGAGAUGCCAGCAGCAGUAGCACCUCGGAUGCCGGACCUAGUGGAAGCGGCGGCGGCGUUCGAACCUUUCCGCUGGCGGCGCAGCCGGAAAUAAUGAGAGCAGCUGAGAAGGACGAACAGUACGCUUCCUUCGUCUACGACGCCUGCCGCGACGCCUUCCGCCACCUCUUUGGUACAAGAGUUGCUGUUGCAUAUCAGAGUGAGACAAAGCUUUUGGGGCAGAUGCUCUAUUUCGUAUUAACCACUGGUGCGGGAAAACAGACCCUUGGAGAAGAGUACUGCGACAUCACUCAGGUUGCAGGACCACACGGACUUCCUCCAACCCCGGCAAGGCGCUCUCUUUUUAUUCUUUACCAGACAGCUUUCCCGUAUAUUGCUGAAAGGAUAAGCUCGCGUAUUGCUUCCAGAGGCCUUACUAUGGCUGAUAUGCUAUCCGACGAUGCCAUGGAUUUUGAAACUAGCUCGAGCAGUCAAAUUCAGAUAUCUGCAGGUGCUGAAGUUGCAUCAUCAACUUUGUCAAGAUUGAAAGCCAGAAUAGCUGGGAUGUGGUCAUCUACAGUUCGGAGGUGGCCCUCAGUGCUACCUAUAGCUCGUGAGCUUUUCAUGUUGGUUCUUCGUACAAACCUCAUGUUCUUUUAUUUUGAAGGCCUAUAUUACCAUUUGUCUAAACGAGCUUCUGGGAUUCGUUAUGUGUUUAUUGGCAAACCAACCAAUCAAAGGCCUAGAUAUCAAAUAUUGGGCGUUUUCCUUCUAGUUCAGCUCUGUAUAAUUGCUGCUGAAGGAUUAAGGAGAAGCAAUUUGUCUUCUCUUGCAACUUCGAUUCAGCCAACAACUCUUGGAGAUUAUCAAAAUUUAACAGGAAGAAGUUUACCCGUCUUAAACGAGGAAGGCCAUCUCAUAACUGACGACUCUGCAAAGACUAGUUUGGUAUCAGAAUCUACAUCUACUUCAGAGCCUCAAGUGAGUGGAAUGAGCAAAUGCACACUCUGCCUGAGCAAUCGCCAGUCCCCGACUGCCACUCCUUGCGGCCACGUGUUUUGCUGGAACUGCAUUAUGGAGUGGUGUAACGAGAAGCCGGAGUGCCCUCUUUGUCGUUCGCCCGUGACUCAUUCGAGCCUCGUUUGCUUGUAUCAUUCCGACUUUUAGCUCGCUCGAUACGGUCGAGAUCCGGCCCGAUUUCGUUUUCAAAUCUAGACCGGAUCCACUUUUUCGGUUCGCGUUAGGCAACUGAAAAUCUACGUGGAAUUAGUAUUCAAAUACAAAUAAAGACGUGAAUUUUUUUUCACCUCAAUUAGAAACAACUUCAUUCAGCUUAA